AUGGUUAACCAAAGUAUAGAGAAAGUGAAACAUUUGUUCGAAAUUUGGGAUGUUCGUGUUUUCAUAUUAGUCAGUCUGUUUAUCCAAGCAUUUCUCACUUUGCUUGCUCCCUUAAGAAAAUCUAGUGCAAAUAGCUAUCUGAGGUUCUUUAUUUGGCUGCUCUAUUUGUCAGCUGACGCGAUUGGAGUGUUUGUCAUUGGGUUGAUCUCUAGCAACGAUGGAGCUUCACCUGAGACGGUUAAGCUAUUCGCAUUUUGGCCACCAUUUCUUCUUUUGCAUCUUGGUGGUCCUGAUACAAUAACUGCUCUAGCUUUGGAGGACAACGAGCUGUGGAAUCGACACGCUCUUCAGCUGGCUACUCAGGAUAAAAAUUUGUGGUUGCCUACGGUAUUUAUGUUUGUCGAGGGAAUAAUUAAGUACUUCGAGCGAACAUGUGCUUUGUUUUUCGCUAGCAGUGACAGUUUUAGAGACUCCCUAGUGGCUGAACCCGAACCUGGGCCUAACUAUGCCAGGUUAAUGGAAGAGUACAAUUCUGCCAAGGAUGCUUAUAUUCCAACUGUUUUUGAAGGGAAAAAUGGGCGGAUAGAAGGUAGUACAAAGUCGGAGGGACAAGAUACAUAUGAUGAUCAGCAGCCGUCAAUGAUAGAUGAUGUUACCAAUGAUACCAACGACACGAAUGCCAGUGGUACUUCUUUAGAUAAAGAGCUGAAUCAGGAUGAGAAGCAAGUUGUACAUGCUCAUCGAUACUAUGAGCUGUUUAAAGCACUCCUAGCAGACGGUUUUUUGAGCUUAAAAGAUCGUAAAUUAAGUCGAGACUUUUUUGCCAAUAUGCCGAUUAAGGAUGCCUUUAGGAUCAUCGAGAUUGAGCUGAACUUAAUCUAUGAUGUUUUCUACACAAAGUUAUUUUUGUUGCAAAGGAAACGAGCUUUUGGUCGAGUAUUCUGUUUCUUUUUUGUUAUAGCAUCUCUGUUGCUCUUCUCUAUCAAUGACAGAAGCAAAUACAAUAAUAUUGAUGUUAUAAUUACCUUUGUGUUGCUUGGAGGGGCUAUAGCAUUGGACAUAUGUGCUGCUCUUAUGUUUGUAAUGUCAGAUUGGUGGAUAAUUAUCAUAUCGUUUGAUAGCAAGCUCAAAGGCUACUACCAACCACUUAUGCUGAUGUUUCUUAGGUGGUCAAGGUUGGCAAGGCAACCUCAUCGUAGAAGAUGGUCUAAAUGCAUCUCAGAGUAUAAUUUGUUAAAGCGAUGCUUCAAGCCGCUCCCUUCAUUCAUCGGCUUCCAGUACAUUUCAAGAAUAAAGCGUAUUAGGGAUAUUUUACUUGGAAUUCUAUAUGUCCAAGAACAUGAGGCUGAAGAGGACCUUAUCGAGUUUGUCAUAAAAGAGAUAAAGGACAAAGCUGAUCUAGCCACUGAGAUAGGGGUAGCUAAAGAAGUCUGCUCUGCUAGAGGUAGUUUUAUAAUGCAAGAUGAGUAUUACCUUGCUUCCGAGUGCUUAAGCCCUUGGACAGUAGAUGUUGAUUAUGAUGAAAGUCUUUUGAUUUGGCACCUUGCUACUGAUAUCUGCUACUGGAAAACAACUGAUGCUGCAACGUCAAAAUAUCGUAGUUUCAGCAAGGCACUCUCAGAUUAUAUGUCAUACCUUCUGCUCAGACAGCAGACGCUAGUAUCCUCUGCGGUGGGUAUGUCAGAUACUCGAUUCGAAGACACUCGUGCAGAUGCUCAGAAGUUUAUGAAUUAUGAGAGCAUCAACGUCAACUGGCCUGCAGAUUUCUGGUGGAAGACUAAGAGGUUCUUCAAGAACUGGUGUUGUUUAGCCAUGAAAGAGCCAAUUCCUUCUGAAAGAAAGGAAAAUCCUUUCUUUGAGAAGUUUAGUAAUAUGAUGUUUAAAGUCAAAGCUGAUGUACAGCCUAUUGUAGCCAAGGGUGAUAAGAGCAAAUCUGUGCUUUUCGAUGCAUGUCGUCUUGCUAAGCAACUGGAAAUGUUUGGAGAAAAGAAAUGGGAGAUAACCAGCAAAGUUUGGGUGGAGCUGCUCUGUUAUGCUGCGGUCCGCUGCUCUCCGAGGUCUCAUAUUGCACAAUUAAGGAGAGGCGGGGAGCUUAUUACACUAGUGUGGCUGUUUAUGGCUCACCUUGGCUUAGGGGAACGUUUCCUACAAAACCAAGGCUUUGGGUGGACUAAGCUAAUAAUUCAGAAAUAACAGCAUAGUAUAUGUGUUCACUCACAAAGAUAUUGUACUCUGUAUUAGAUUAUUUAUCCUAUUUUAUAUGUAGUGGGUGUUUUUUUGGUUUUAAUAUGCAUCACUUUUUUUUAAAAAAAGUUUUAAACUCUUAUAUAUUCAAUGCCAUCGGGGCGUUCUUAAACAAGAUCCUUUAUUUAAUGACUUUAGGGGGUGUUUGUUUGGAGGGAUAAUUAAGGAGGUAGGGAUAAGGAUAAAAAGGAAGGGACUAAGAAAUGUGUUGUUUGUUUGAAAUGAUAGGGAAAAAUAUGAGGGAUAGGGAUAAAAUGACCUUUUAUCCCUUGAAAAUAAUACCUAGGGGGGUUAGGUAUAAGAUGGAGGGAUAAGAUUAUUUAAGAAAAUGACUACUUUGCCAUUAAUGAAUUGCAAGGAAGUAACAAGGUAUAUAAAAAUAAUAAGGGUAUAUUAGUAAUUUCAUUACAAAUGUCAAUCUUAUUCCCAACCCUUACCAAACAAAGGACAGACAUAUAUGUAUCCUUAUCCUUGUCCUACUAUCUUAUCCUCCUUAUCCCUAUCCCUAUAGCUAGUGCUGUCAAAUUUCAAACCGAAACCGUUUAACUGCCCGAAACCGACAGACCCAAAUGAGAACCGAACCGAUUAAAAACCGAUUUUUUUGAAAUCGAAAACCGACCCAAAUCGUAUUUUAGUAAACCCGAAACCGAAUCGACCCGAAUAAUGUUAAACCGUAUAAGAACCGAAC